AUGCCCAGUACGAACGGCACCAUCGUACACGGCUGCUGCGCCUUCAUUACCGCCUGUGGAACCCAAUGCAUCGACACGGCCGUGUCCAAGUGCUGUGCUAUUCCUGGUGGGGGUUUUGGUACAUGUCCUGCGGGCUCGGACUGCUGUGGCGACAUGUGUUGUGAUCCGGGUUUGGUAUGUGCGCGGAGCACGGAGGGGAACCAGUGUUGGCCUAUGGGUGGGGCGCUAGAGGGUGGGGUCGCCGUGGAUCCGCAGAUGAGUGGAAGUGGAGGACUAUCUGCUUCCAUAUGGGUAUAUGUUCUGCUGUUGCUGGCUCCAUUUGCGGCUGCUCUAUCUGAGGUAAGUGCUGUAAAGCCUGAAAUCGAUGAUAGAGAUGACGACAUCCACGCGAACAUGACUACCAGCUUAAAGCCAACUACAACUCUGAGCACGGCAGUCUCAACGUCAGGAACACAAGAGGUGGGAAUCGAGCUCGUGGAAAAGAAGGGAGGAGGGGCCGGUGCGGCUGCUGGAGGUGCUGGAGGUGCUGGAGUUGCAGCGCACGCAUCAAAGGGUGCAGGACCCAAGACAAUUAGUUUUGAUACCAUGUGGCCUCUGAUGCUUAACCCACUUCCACAGAUGCUAGCCCCGCUGCUUCUAGCAAAGCUUGCAGUCGGUUCAGAGACCUCCGGCGCCCCACCGACAGACAUACUCGAGGAUGAUAAUAAUCUCGGCCUGAUGCCAAUGGUCACAACUGCAACUCCAGUACAAGCAUCGACCCCAGCCAUCAGGCUUUCAAAGAAGAAAGAGUUCAAAUUCGGAAGUGGCUCGGGUGGAUCCAGUCUGGAAGUUGACAGAAGGCCCAAGGCCAUGACGAUGCUGAUCCUUUGUGUACUGCCGCUGCUUGCGUCACUGGCACUAACAAGUGCCUUCCUGUUUUGA